GAAGGAAAUUUUUCGGACAACAUCAUUACUUCCAAUCCAUCACAACGACCUUAUCUUCGCGAAUUUAAAGAAACACGUUUAUAGUCUAGAUUUGCGUCGAGGUUAAGUAGUAUCUACGUAGAGUCAAGCGAUUGAUCAGCAAAUGAACGGUUGAUCUAUCCCGCUCACAAUCUGUUCCAGUUUUCAUGAAGUGGCUUUCCCAGAAUGUUUCCAAUCGUCCUCAUAGUCUUUUACUCGUUUCUGAAAAUAGUUUUAAGUGUCUCUAAACACCCUCUAGUUCUAGUGGUUUCAUUUGAUUCUUUAAGGCAUGAUUUCGUCAAUAAGAGUGCCACCCCAAAUUUGUUCGCCUUGUCCCAGCUUGGAGUUCGAACGAAAUAUAUGAAGAACAUUUUUCCGACAAAAACUUUGCCAGUUCAUUUUUCGAUAGCAACUGGCGUUUACGCUGAGGAUCAUGGAGUUCUUGCUAACUCUGUGUUUUACAACAAUCGAUCUCAUAAAUAUUCCAACGCGCUAUUCGAUUAUAAUGAAGACGUUGUGCCCAUAUGGACGCUGAACGAAAAAGCAGGAAAUGGACGACAUAGUGGUUCUAUGAUGUGGCCGGGAGGGGAAUUUCCAUACCAGGGAGUGAAACCAACCCAUGUGCAAACCUACGACAUGUCCUUUAAUUGGACCAAACGAGCAGAUACAGUCAUCUCAUGGUUCUUGAAUUCCACGGCACCGGCCAACUUCAUCAUGGCUUAUUUUGACAACCUAGAUGUGGUAGGCCACCGGUUUGGCAUCAACGACCCCUCAUUCAAAGCGCAGAUCCAGCAAUGCGAUCAGGCGGCCAAGUAUAUCCAGGAUCAACUCGUGGCGCAUGGACUUCAGGAUAAGGUCAAC